UGAUUCAAGGGUGGAGGGAGGCAAAGCCAACCAGAGUGGAAACAGAAUGAUGAAUGUAUACAGGAUAGCCAAAUACCAUUCUGCUUCUCCCCCUUUCCCUCUUCCAAAACCCUCCCGAGGACGAGGGAGAGACCAACCGCACCCCACCCCACCCCUAAUUUCUUCUUCUUUUCUCUUCAUUUUUGCUUUCUACAUUCACAUUCAUUCUCAAUCGAUUCACCAUUCCACCAACUUUGCAGAUGAUGGAAGGAUAAUUUCACAACCAUAAUAUGACCAGAAAAUUAAGCUCUCAGAAACAAGAGGAAGGGGUGAUAAGUACGGGAACGGAGGAAGUCAUGCGCGGGGAAACUGAGGGAACGGGUGGUCAGGACGAGAACAUUCUUGUUUCAGUGAGAUUGAGGCCUUUGAAUGACAAAGAAACCACCAGGAACGAUAUCUCGGACUGGGAAUGCAUUAACAACACCACCAUUGUUUGUAGACACGGCUUACCAGAGAGGUCUAUGUUACCCUCCGCCUACACGUUUGACAGAGUAUUUGGUUGGGACUGCCCCACGAAGCAGGUAUAUGAGCAAGGAGCCAAGGAUGUUGCUCUUUCUGCACUCAGUGGCAUUAACUCAAGCAUAUUUGCAUACGGCCAGACUAGCAGUGGUAAGACAUACACGAUGAGUGGAGUCACUGAAUAUGCAAUAGCAGAUAUCUUCCAGUACAUAGAUAGGUGUAAAGACAGAGAAUUUGUUCUUAAAUUCUCAGCCAUAGAGAUCUAUAAUGAAGCUGUUAGAGACCUCCUCAGCUCCGAUAGUACUCCCCUAAGACUCCUAGAUGAUCCAGAGAGAGGAACUGUUGUUGAGAGACUCACAGAGGAGAUUCUGAGAGACCAGAACCAUCUAGAGGAGCUCCUUUCAAUAUGUGAAGCUCAAAGGCAAAUAGGAGAGACCUCUCUAAAUGAAACUAGCUCCAGGUCUCAUCAAAUUCUUCGACUGACUGUUGAAAGUUCUGCCCGUGAAUAUGGAGCUGAAAAUUCAAGCUCUCUUGCAGCUGCUGUGAAUUUUGUUGAUCUAGCUGGAAGCGAGCGUGCUUCUCAAACAUUAUCUGCUGGUGCAAGACUAAAAGAAGGCAGCCACAUAAAUCGCAGUUUAUUAACUCUUGGAACUGUGAUUCGCAAAUUAAGCAAGGGAAGAAAUGGCCAUGUACCUUACAGAGACUCUAAGCUAACCCGUAUACUGCAAAAUUCACUAGGAGGCAAUGCCAGAACAGCUAUAAUUUGUACCAUGAGCCCAGCUCGAAGUCAUGUUGAGCAGUCAAAAAACACCUUAUUCUUCGCAAGUUGUGCCAAAGAGGUGUCUACUAACGCACGAAUAAACUUUGUGGUGUCAGACAAGAUUUUGGUCAGGCAACUGCAAAGAGAACUGGCUAGAAUGGAGAGUGAGUUGAGAAACUUAGGAUCUGCUUCUACCAGUGCAGAUUCUACAACAAUGUUACUUACGGAGAAAGAACAACUUAUACAAAAGAUGGAAAAACAGAUCAUAGAGUUGACCUGGCAACGUGAUCUGGCUCAAUCUCGGGUUGAGACUUUACUACAAUCAGCUGGUGAGGAUCAAGUAUCUAAAACGGAUGAAUAUUCAGUAACAGAUUCGGUAGAUGCAACCUAUCUGACAUGCAACCUAUCUAAGGAAUUUCAUGAGGCCAUUGCGCCUAACUCUGAUAAGCAUUAUUUGGAGCUUUCUGAUAACCCCGAAGAGAAUUUUUUGCUGGAUGAUAGCACUCCUCAAUUUGUUGGGCCCGAUCCAUGUCUAGGUUGGGAAGAGAUUGCUGCAAGAACUGAUGAAGAAUCCAAAGAUCUUGCUGCGAGAACUGAUGAAGAAUCCAAAGAUAUUGCUGCAAGGGCUGAUGAUAGCAUUCCUCAAUUUGUUGGGGCGAAUCUUUGUCCUGGUUGGGAAGAGAGUGCUCUAAGGACUGACCAAGAAUCCAAAGAUAUUGCUGUACGGACUGAUGAUAGCACUCUUCAAUUUGUAGGGCCUGAUCCAUAUCCAGGUUGGGAAGAGACUGCUGUAAGGACUGACGAAGAAUCCAAAAAUAUUGUUGUACGGGCUGAUGAUAGCACUCCUCAAUUUGUAGCGCCCGGACCAUGUCCAGGUUGGGAAGAGACUGCUGGAAGGACUGAUGAAGAAUCCAAGGACAUAGGCAAGCAAGAUCAAUUCAUUGAAAUGGAGUCACCAAGUCUUAAAAGAGAAGAAGAAGAAGCUGACAUGUUCUCAUCUGCUUAUGAGAUGAAAAAAGAUGAUUUAUCUAUGAAAUGGGCUAAAUCUGAAGAAACGGUCUCAUCCCCCCGGACGGGUGAUAGGCAUUCAAGUCAUAUUAAUAUGGAUUAUGAUGCAUUGAAAGAAAAAGUUCAGAAAUUGCAAAAAACUAUCAAUUUGCUUGUUGGUCUUCACCCACUAGAGAGCUCUCCUUCCCCUGAAUCAUGUUUUCCUAGUCCAGGUGGUUUGCCUUUUUCAAGAAGCAGAAGCUGCAGAGAGAUUCUCGUGAGUGCCCCAUCUGCUAUUUGGUCUGAGAAAGAACAGAAAGAGAGCAGGACUCCUGUUUUGUAUGGAAAGGAUUUCACAAGGCCCUUGAGCUUUCCGCGGAAGCAGUCUGAAUUUAGAUAUGCUUCCAGCAUGGGACAUUUAUCAAGGAAAGCCUCUCAAACUUCUAUAUCUUCCACUGAAGCAGAGAGCACGAUUAGUUCCUUUUCUGUGGAUGCAGAUAGCAACAAAGAAUCAGAUGCAGAUAAUUCCAGUGUUAUGCAGGACUUUGUUGCUGCAUUGAAUGAAAUAGCCAAACUUAAGUCAGAGAAUGCAAGUCAGGUUUCUGAUGUUGUUGCUGGAAAAAACGAGACGGGCAAACAGCCAGAGAAUACUCAGAUAACCAAAGAACUAGGUGUAGGAAAUACUUGUGGUACCCAUGGUGCUGUUGCUGGAGUUAAUGAAAUGGCCAAACUUGAGUCACAAAAGCAAUCUGAUGAUGAUUCGGUGGCGGAAGCAGCAUCUAAGAUUAACAAAUCUAAAGAAAUAAUAACCGAUAUUGACCUAGGGACAGUGCAAUGUACCACGACACCUGAUUCUGAUUGGACCUCUGAAUUUGAGCGGCAGCAGAGAAAAAUAAUUGAACUCUGGGUGUUAUGCAGUGUACCACUGAUCCAUAGAACCUAUUUCUUCUUGCUUUUCAAAGGUGACCCUUCAGACUCUGUAUAUAUGGAAGUAGAGCUCAGGAGAUUGUCCUUUCUUAAGGGAACCUUUUCCCACGGAUCUGACGAAUCGAGGGACAGUGCGAAGGCUCUCAGCCGGGAGAGGGAAAUGCUAAGCAGACAAAUAAAAAAGAAGUUCUCGAGAAGGGAGAGAGAGAAACUUUACCAGAAGUGGGGUAUAAAUUUGAAGACAAAACUGAGAGGCCUACAGUUGACACAGCGCUUGUGGACAGAGACUAAAGAUAUGGAGCAUAUAAAGGAGAGUGCUGCACUUGUUGCAAAGUUGAUUGGGUUGGUAGAGCCAAGCCAGGCGCCCAAGGAAAUCUUUGGACUAACUUUCUCACCUAGAUCAACCACUUGGAGAUCAUUCAGCAGGAAAUCUUCUAUAACUAUAAUGUAAUUUUUUUAAAACAAAGUGGAGAUCCCUCCGAGUCAUAAUUCCUUUACCAUUUUGGCGGGAAAAAAUUAUUAUUAAUAACAAACUUGCCCUUUGAUUUCCUAGGUUCUGAUUGUAAAAGUAAAAAACUUGUGAGGUGAUUCUAGUUGUAGUAGUGUAAAGUUCUAUGGGUUGUUGUUUGGUCCUUGAACAUAAAUGAAUUCUAUAUGAAUAUAGCUUGUGGAGAAUAUAGCUUUAUUA